AUGCAAGCCAUGCGGUACGGCCACCAGGAGUCUGGGCGGAGCAGCGGGGCCAGUCUCACUCAGGAACAGGAAAAGAUGGUGAAGAAGGUUAUGCUUACGAUGAAGGACUUUGAUAUUCAACGAGGACAGCAGGAUUGUGAGGCAACUCUGCGGGAGACAAACUUCGAUUUCGACAAGGCAAUUGACCUACUCAUUUCUCCAAAUUAUCAUCCAUGGAUCAGCAAUCCGAUAAAUAAGAGUCUCCACAGGCCUUCUGGUCACGGGGGACCCAAUCCUAGGAGACGCGAGUACAACGACAGACGGCCGAAUAGAAACGAGCAUAAAAGACAGCAAACCGCGAAGCACACUGGGCCCACUAAUGGUGAGGGCUCUACUAAAGCGGUGAGUCACGAAAUUACGCCUGAGAAGCACAGAACAACCAGCGACUCUACACAUAAGGGCGAGGAUAAUGCUGAUAAUAAAAGAGUCUUGCAGAUCACCUCCAAGAGCCCAGCUUUGAAGGAGAAUGCGGGGCCCUCAGAUGCCGGUCCGACUAACAACUCUAAAGAAUCUGCCACAUCAUCUAAGCCUAAAACGCACACAUCUAAGAAGGAAAAACAUGAUGCAGCACCUGAUAAAUCAGAGCCCGCCACGCCGCCGGGGGCCCCUGUAAAGGUCGUUAUUAAUACCCAGAAGACCGCGGAAAAGGCUGCAAUCGCUCAAGGGGCUGACUCUGUCUCAAAGCCGGAGCUCACUGCCACUUCUGCCUCGCAGAAGAUUACUAUUAAGAUAACAAGCACUAAAACCACAAAGGACAGUACUCCUCCGUCUAGUGUUGUUCAGAAGCCUCACGAUGGCCAGAAAGACAACAUUCAACUAAUGUUGAAGCCAGGCGGAGGGCAGCAGGCGCCGCCGAUAGAUGUAAUGGCUCUCGAGAAGAAUAUGGGAAGACCCACAGAGAACACCCAACAGAUGGCCAUGGUUCAACAGCCCGGCCAGCAGCCCUACGUGAUGGCCAGCAACAUCCCCGUUAUGUCUGCUCCCAUAGCUUCCGCCCAGCCAAACCAACAGCCGGUUCAGGUAGUCUAUGUCCCCGUUUACUAUCCGAGUCAAGGACCCAUAGGAGAGAUGAAUCCGUUUCCUCCCACUACCUCAUCGCAGGUGAAGGGUACCGAUAUGUUCCAGAUCCCUGGCUACCAGAUGGUGCACAUGCCCAUGCCGAUGAUGAACGGCAUGCAGGGUCAAGUACUCGCGCCGAUGCAGAUGUCCCCAGGACAGCAAACACCGCACUUUGCAUUUCCAUUUGUAGGAGAGGCGCAGUCCCAGUCCAAGUAG